AUGGAACAAAAUGGUAGUCGCAUCGAGAAAUCAGAGCAUCACGCGUCCGUACCCAGUUUUCAGAAGAUCGUCAAUGAUUUGGUCUUCACCUAUGCGAGUCCCCAGGGCAGUCAGUCGGCCAUGGACUAUUUGGGAUCAACAAUACGAUCGGCGUUGGACAAAUCGGCGAAGGAAGGCGAUAUAUACCGAAUUGUUUUGAUUUGUCAGCAAGAUUCCGAGGCGGCGACGAUGAAAGAAGAGCUCGAAAAGCGUAAUGUGAGUUGUCUGCAGAUCAGUGAGGACCACUUGGAGGCCCAAUUUCUCCUAUGGUCGGAAGGGUACAUCCAAGAACCAUUAAUAAUAUGCGACAAUAUGCUUUCGCGCCUUCAAAAUUUUCAAAUAAAUUUCGUGAUAUAUAUAUCGUUGCCGCCACUGCAAGUUUUCAAUGAACGGAUCCGGAUAUUAAAGCAGAUUAAAACCAAAAUGGAUAUUUUAAUUCUAACACCGAUGGAUAAUAAAAUAAAAAACGAAAAACAAUCGAUAAGGCGGCAAGUCGAUAACGGUGGAAACCCUGGACCAAAAGAUGGUGAAAAGUUAACAGGAUCCAGUGUGGGGAACGUGUCAUCUGGAACUUUGACAGGAGACUGGAUGACAGCCGGAAGUGAAAAUUUCUUUUUCCUUAAGACUCCGAACGAAGCACAACGUGAGAACGGGAAAGAGAAACAAAAAAAUAAUAAAGAUAAAGAUAAAAAACGCGAAUUAAAGCCAAAGAAAAUGAAAGAAAAUAGUGAGAAAAUGAAAGAAGAUCUGAAAAUGACGGUGGACGUUUACAUAAGCGAAAUGAAUAAGAUUGAUAGGUUUGUUGGCAAGGAACUAAGGGGUAUUGUUUUUGAUAUUCUGUGUUCUUGUGCCUGGGAAAAUAAGCCGUUUAAUCUAGAGAAAGAGAUUCCGAAUGCGAUGAAGGUAUUCGAAAAUAAUUCAGAAUUUGCCAACAAAGAAAAAUAUAUCGACAUAAGAGAAAUCGUAGAUUUUUUUGAAGAAUGGCCCCAUGAGGAUGAUUUGUUUUUUAAUUUCCUGAAAAGCUGGAAAAGGAUCUCAGAUGAAGAAUCAAAUGUGGCCAAGGAAAAGGCUCUGGAGGAGGAGAAGAAAGCUCCCUCGAACAAAUCGCCAUUGAAGAAGAUGGAAAAUGGGAAGAAAUUAGUGAUCCCCGAACCAGGAAAAGAUGAUUGUGGCAAAGCCAAGAAAUCGCCACCAGUUUCUGAAACUGAGGCCAAGGAAAAGGCUCUGGAGGAGGAGAAGAAAGCUCUUUCGAACAAAUCGUCUUUGAAGAAGAUGGAAAAUGGGGAGAAAUUAGUGAUCCCCGAACCAGGAAAAGAUGAUUGUGGCAAAGCCAAGAAAUCGCCACCAGUUUCUGAAACUGAGGCCAAGGAAAAGGCUCUGGAGGAGGAGAAGAAAGCUCUCUCGAACAAAUCGCCAUUGAAGAAGAUGGAAAAUGGGGAGAAAUUAGUGAUCCCCGAAUCUGUUUCUGAAACUAAGGCUAAGGAAAAGGCCCUGGAGGACCUGGAGGAGAAGAACAAAGGACUUAAUCCCGUAAAUACUCCAAUCAAGUACUCGGUACUGCGUAAGGCAAAGCCAUAUAAUGAAAAAUUUCAAUAUCAUGAUGACGAAGACUCCAAGGAGAAAGAGGAUCCUAAGCGUUUCUUGGUCGAUCCACCAAUUUCCAAAAUGCUCAUCGAUAGGUGGCCUUAUGUGGAGGAUGUUAUGUCUAAGUUUAAGGAGGAGCAAGCCAUGAAAGACAAGCCGAUGGCGGAUUCGCAGGAACAGCGUAUGAGGAAGUUAAAGGAGGAGCAAGCCAUGCAACCCAAGCCGAUGGACGGUCCCAUAAUCCGUAGGAUUUGCGAGCUGAAGAAGAAGGAUAAGGACUCCAAGGAGAAAGAGAAUCCUAAUCGUUCUGAUCCUGAGGAUCAUGCCAUGCAACCCAAGCCGAUGGACGGUCACAUAAGCCGUAGGAUUUGCGAGCUGAGGAAGAAGGAUAUGGACUCCAAGAAGAAAGAGGAUCCUAAGCGUUUCUUGGUCGAUCCACCAAUUUCCACAUGGAAGUCUUAUGUGGAGAAUGCCAUGAAACCCAAGGAUGAUGAUGAUGAUAAGGACGACGUGGAUGAGGAGUCUCGGCGGCAGGCAAGGGUGGAAAUAUAUGUCAGCGAUGAUAUCUUAAAGAAGGGAUUGAAAAGAAGGGAACGCAAAGCUUCAGAAUUGGAUGAGGAUGACGAUUGGGAUUUGGAUGAUUAUGGCAGGCGAUCCCAGGUGAGCUCUGUCGGGAUGGAGGAGCGUAUGAGGGAGGCUUAUAUGAAGUUUUCCACUAAACCCAAAGAUGACAAAAAAGAGAAGGCACCGGAGAGUGAGGAAGAACCGGAGGAAUUUUUGGACUGUGUUGGAGAAUUGAAAGAGAUGGAUGAACCAGAACCAGAACCAGAGGAUCCUCGUCUGGUAAAGCAACGGGAAGAAGAAGCCAAACGAAUGGCUGAGCAAAGUCGAGAGGAAUGGAUGUCGAAGCUUUAUAGAUUGUCCCAUCGCCAAGCCGAAGAUCCGAGUUUGAAAGAUGUGCCGCUACUCCCGGAGAUGCCUAGUGUUGUGGACGGCGACGACGAUGCUGUGAACAAAACCGAUGUUCUUCCCAAAGAAUCAGUCAAUCAGUAUGGAGUCUAUGUCAUGGUAGAACCGGCAUUGAAACCCUGCUACGAGAUCCAUGACAUCUACGGCUUCGGCGCGGUGACUAUUGAGGCUAUGCGUCAACACGCCAUUGGACGGAAUCGUGCCUAUGGAAUGCAGCGAUUCGCCUGGCCGCACAUCGUCACCGGCAAUCCCCUGAUUAUCGUUGGCCAUGAGCUGACUGGGAAGACGAUGUCCUAUCUGCCGCAGAUCUAUAGUGUGGCCCUGAACGAGAUGAGCGUCCGAUCGGCAAACGAUCCGGGACCCACGGCCAUCAUUAUCGUUUAUAGUCAGGUCCAGGGUAGGCAGAUCGCCACCUGGAUCGAACAGUUGAUGAAGGCCACGUGCCAGAACGGGAAUCGACUGGAUAGCCAAAUGCUGGUCACUCUUUAUGAGCGCGGGAAUUUGCCACAAAUCGCCUAUGAAAUGAAUCGCCGGGUGGGCAUUCUACUGAUCACUGCCAAUAUGAUGCUCAAGCUGAAGAAGUGCCAUAGCUCGGCGACCCCCAUCUUGCGGGCCGAAACUGUCAAGUGCGUGGCUUUGGAUAACUUUGGGGAGCUGAUCCGCAUCCAGCCGGUAACCACCGAAAAACUGGUCACUUGGUUGAAACGAAAUUACUGCUUUAAUGGUCGUACGGAGAAUCCAUGCCAGUUGAUGGUCACUGGACGGGUGUGGGACGAUAAAGUGCAUCCGAAAAUACUGCGUUAUCUUGCCAAACCUCUCAUCAUAUUCGAGGAUGCAUUGGAGGCCACCGCCUGCAUGGAUGUCAAAAUUGAGCUGCGCGUAGUGCCCGAUAAUGCCGACACUACUUUGAUACAGAUGCUCGGCGAAAUAAAUCUCAAAGAGUCCCGGACCGUGGUGGUGUGCCAGUCUCAAUACGAGGCAAUCCGUUUACGGAAGGAGAUCCUCAAAGCGAACAUGGGCGCCAUAGCAUGCUAUCAGGAGAACACCGGCAUGCCGCUGGUGGUCCACUGGCGUACCAGCAACGACGCCACUGUCCUCAUCGUCACCGAUGACAUCAUGCCCAAGAUUAGGAGCGGAGUUGUGGAUAUCGUUAUUCACUAUAAUGCCGCCACCACAUGGGUGAGGUUCAAGGCCCGUUUCGGUCUCUUCUACGACAGCUAUGUGGCCAAGCGGAAUCCGCCGGGCAAGUCAUAUGUUCUCGUCCGUCGCACCGAGACCGACUACAUCUGGUUGUUGUGCGACUUUAUGCUGAAGCAUCAAUACCCACGUCCAUCCAACUGGAUGCAGAUCCUCUUCGAAAGCCGCCUGAAGGAGGAGGAAAAGAACGGCUUGGUGCUGAAUGUCGGUGUCUGCCGUCAGGUGUCCUCUUAUGGGGAUUGCUUCCGGCGUAAGUGUCGCUAUCGUCACUACCGCUGGGUCGGAGAGAAGGCCAAUGUUGCUGUUGGUGACAUUCGCGUGGGUGAUACCAUUCAGUUCCAUGUCCUCACUUGUAAUAGCCCCUCCAUGAUGGCCAUCCGUUUGAAUGACGGACGGUUCCCUGUCUCGGCUAACUACAAUCGCACAUCGCUGACCAGGAUGCGUAAGUACCUGCAGCUCAACUAUGAGGACGAGAAGUUACAUGUGAAGCACCAAAAUCCCAAACCCGGUGACAUCGUUGUCGUUAAGAAUAUGAAUCGUUACGAACGUGUCCUGGUCAUCAGCAUCGAUGCCAAUAACAAGAAGGUUGAGGUACGCCUCAUAGACUCUGGCAUCGAGCAUCUCACUUAUAAUCCCAGCCAGCUUUUGGUCUGUGACCCGGCGUUUUUGGAGGAACCGCACGAAGCCAUUGAGUUGCACAUCAUUGGCUUGGAGCCGAUCAGCAUGGAGCGCAUCUGGGCGGAGGAUUUGACUCAGAUGGUCCGUGAACAGUUCUUCCCCCGUUGGCAGCGCCUGCCGGAGUGUAACAACUACUCCGCCCAGGUCAAGCUCAUUAUCGAUGAUGCCAUUUAUGUGACGACCGUCGACCCCUUGGAAGGCGAGGAUCUGCGCAGCUUCGUUAUGAAUCGCUUCGACGUCAACCUGGACCCCAAGGGACUGAACAAGCUGCGCAACAUGGUGGACAGGAGCAUUCCAAACCCCUUCGAUAUCUAA